GUUGGAGCUUGCGCCGAGAACAUGCGGCGGGGAUGGGAGUGUGCCUAGUCCUGAGACCGGACAACCAGCCACAGGCUGAGGUCUUCGCGGCCACAGAACCCGAGCCCUGCAGCGGAGCUCCUGGUGGCCGGACUCCGAGGCGCUGCGGCAAGGCCGCCGCGCGUCCCUGUCAGCCCUUACCAUGAACACCAUCGUCUUUAACAAGCUUGGGGGAGCUGUGCUUUUUGAAGACCGAGGCACCCCAGAUCGGGAACGUGGCAGCCGGCCAUACGGCGGCGUCCUGGACAAUCCACACACAGGCCCAGAGGUGGGCAUUCCAGACGGCCCGCCCCUCAAGGACAACCUCAGCCUGAGACACCGGAGGACCGGGGCGAGGCCUGGAGGGAAGGUGAGGCACAAGCGACAGGCCCUGCAAGACAUGGCGCGGCCGCUUAAGCAGUGGCUUUACAAGCACCGUGACAACCCGUACCCUACGAAGACUGAGAAGAUACUCUUGGCUCUAGGCUCGCAGAUGACGCUAGUGCAGGUGUCAAAUUGGUUCGCUAAUGCUAGACGACGGCUGAAGAACACUGUCCGGCAGCCGGAUUUAAGUUGGGCCUUAAGAAUAAAGUUGUACAACAAGUACGUUCAGGGCAACGCCGAGCGGCUCAGUGUGAGCAGUGCGGACGACUCCUGCUCUGAAGAUGGAGAAAACCCCCCAAGAACUCACAUGAACGAAGAGGGCUAUAGCACCCCUGCCCACCACACUGUGAUUAAAGGGGAGAGCUCAGCGAUAAAAGCUGGUGGGAGACCGGAGUCAAGGGCAGCUGAGGACUAUGUGUCACCGCCCAAGUAUAAGAGCAGCUUGUUGAACCGUUACCUUAACGACUCUUUGAGACAUGUCAUGGCCACCAGCACUGCCAUGAUGGGGAAAACGAGGCGAAGGAACCAUUCGGGGUCUUUUAGCUCGAAUGAAUUUGAAGAAGAACUGGUGUCUCCAUCAUCAUCAGAAACUGAAGGCACCUUUGUCUAUCGCACAGACACCCCAGACAUUGGAUCUACUAAGGGUGAUAAGGGUGACAGCACUGCUAACAGAAGGGGGCCAAGCAAGGACGACACAUACUGGAAGGAGAUCAACGCAGCCAUGGCCUUAACAAACCUCGCCCAGGGAAAAGACGAAGCGCAGGGGACGACCACCAGUUGCAUCAUCCAGAAGUCUUCCCACAUAGCAGAAGUAAAGACAGUCAAGCUGCCACUGGUGCAGCACUUCUAGAGUGGCCAGGGAGUGCUGGGCUUGUCAGUGGGUUUGUUUGUUUGUUGUUGUUUUUGUUUGUUUGUUUUUUACCUUAAUCCUCAUCCUAAGAGCCAAAGCUGGGGUGAAGAGGACUCCCAUUUAAACCUCCUGAGUUCAACUAUCCUAAAUAUAUCCGUUGCUUCUAUAAAAAGACGUAUAAGUUAUAAAAAUUCAUUUUAGUCAAAAAUAUUAACUUAUUUUAUGUUACUGAAACUAUGCAUAAAGCGUCUGCAUUGCCAUUACAGUAAGUGCCUUGCUUCCCUGAGGUAAGCUCCAACGUGGGCACAGUGGAGCGCUGUGCCUCAAACCGUCAACGCCAACACUUGCUAGGCUACAUCACUCCGGACUGGCCCAGGACUGAAGCCAACCGCGGAAAGCUCCCGAAACAAACUCAGUCAUUCACACGGUCAAACUUGGAGAUCUGUUCAGCCCAGAUGAGGUGAUCUUUUAUUUGCCUUUUAAUGCCUUCAGGACUGGAAACUGUUCUUUGUGUUUUCCAGGGCGAUGGUGAGAAUUUUAUGUGUGGGUUUUGUUUGCAUAUCUGAUAGGUUAGCACAUCCAAAAUGGAAGGCCCAGCAGGGCCACGUGAUGCGUACGUUUAAGAAGAGAUGCUUUCAAAUCGGUUUAACCUUGCCAGAGUAUAUUGUCGUGAGGAAUUGUUUUCCCAAGCACGGUUGGAAAGUAUCCCAAAGCCCUUUACAACUAAUUGGGAUUUUUUUUCCUGAGGUUUUAAAAAGAACCUUAUUAUAUAAAUCUUUGAAUUUUUUUCCUGGGUAAAACUAAACCUAAAGUUUAGUUUUAAAUUAUAAUCUUGUUUGCAUUAGAGCUCAGGGUUCCUUUGUGAUGGAAGCCGCUUUCAUAUGGAGUAACUAGAAGCGUUUUAUUGGUUCAUUUCAAAUCCCAGUUCAGAUGGACAAUUUGUAUUGCAAUGAGAAGACAACGAAGAAAAUAAUCUCUGUGUGUGGAUAUACAUAUACAUGCAGAAGGAUUAAUGUUUAAAAUUUAAAACGUAUGGGUAACAAAACAUGAAUGGUCUCUGACUUUUGCCAAGUAGGACAUUCAAGUCAAAAUUAAGUGAAAUCUUGAGUCGAAAGAAAGAAAGUCUUGUUUCUAAAUGUCGCUACCACAGAGUGAGAGUAAUGGAUAUCAAGGAAGAAGAGUGUCUUUUCCAUCAAACAAAUAACAUCCUCCCCUGCUUCGGAAGACUGCGAACCGAAGGGAUGUGGAGACGCCCAAUAGAAAAGGAAAUCUGGAGAUGCCUUAAUGUAGGAGAGCAAAGGUUUAACGGCAAACUAGGCUCUGGGUGGGGAGGGCAUUUUUUCUGGAUAUGUGAUAUAUUUUGUAAUUGGUUUAGGCUGGAAAGCAUUUUGCAAGUGUGAAUGACAUCCGGUUUUACAUCCGGUUUCACCGCACACACUGACAUUUUUUCUUCAUUUUACAAAACGCUUUUCACCCCGAAGGUUAAUCUGGUUGCUCAGCAGACAUGACGGCCUCGAUGGCCAUCGUAGGACACUUUCUCCUGUAUCAUAGCAUAGUGGGGUGGGGGUUAUCUAGUGUAAUGAAGAUAAUUUGAUAUGAAAAUAUUUUGUAUGUAUAUUUUUACUUUGUUUUCUUAAGUGCCGUUGGCAGUUGCAGUAAGCCCUAGGUGAGAUGUGUAAGUGCUGACUGUAUGAGUGGAUGAAGUAUUGGGUUCUUCUGGUGCAUCCUUGAUACUCUGAGAUCCGGGAUGCGAAGUGGGAGUCACUACAAAACAAGCCUGCCCAGAUGUAUGUGAAGGCAGUGAGAAACAAGAACGAAUACUUCACUCUUUUUCAUACUAUUAUAAGUUAUUCUGGUAUUAAAUAUUUUAAUAAAAAUGUUCUUGUUUUAACAUGUUGCAAUUAGAUAAGUGAACUCUGGGUUGUAUUUUAUUUGAAAUUGUCAUGUUUUAUUUUUUCCGUCCUUUGGGGGAAAAUUCAGCUAAUUUGUUCUGUAUUAUGAACACAAACCAAUGAGAGGAUACUAUCCCAUAAUUUCUGUAAAGUAACAAAGCUUGGAGUCUGGCCUAUGCACACAUGAAAAAUAGGUAAUUAGCAUAUUCUGGGCAAUGUCUCCAAUUGCAAUCAUUUUUAAUUUAUUAUUUUUCUUGUGUUGCUGUUGUUUUAUCUGGAAAUCAGAGUCCCCUGUCCCUCAAAAGAACCUUGAACAAUGCCAAGCCAGCAGCCGAGAGAGAGAGCUUGGCUGACAUGUAAUUUAUAUGAAAGAGAAAGAGACUCGCUCUCAUUUUACAGUUGUAUUUGAAUAAAAUUAAAAUCUGUCAGGAGUUCUUGACAGAUUUAAAAUAAAAGUUCAUUUCUAGAC